AUGGACGUGGCCCGGAACAGCAGCGGGGCGCCGCACAACCGCUCGCUCGAGGCGCUGCUCCCCUCCUCGCCGCCCUCCGCGCUGCCUGCGCCCCCAUACUCGCCUGCAGCCGUGGCCUGCUUGGCCGCCGUGGUGGGCUUCCUGAUCCUCUUCACCAUUGUCGGCAACGUGCUGGUGGUGAUGGCGGUCUUGACGAGCGCCGCGCUGAGAGCCCCGCAGAACCUCUUCCUUGUCUCGCUGGCCAGCGCGGACAUCCUGGUGGCUGCCUUGGUCAUGCCCUUUUCCUUGGCCAAUGAGCUCAUGGAGGACUGGUACUUCGGCAAGGCCUGGUGCAACAUGUACCUGGCCCUCGACGUGUUGUUCUGCACAUCCUCCAUUGUGCACCUGUGUGCCAUCAGCCUGGACAGGUACUGGUCUGUCACCCAGGCCGUGGAAUACAACCACAAGCGGACCCCCCAGCGGAUCAAAGGGGUCAUCCUGCUCGUCUGGCUGAUCUCUGCCGUCAUCUCCUCACCCCCACUGAUCUCCAAAUAUUGGGAGCCUGAGGGGGAGGCACCUUCGAAAUGCAGGCUCAACGAUGAGACUUGGUACAUCUUGACUUCUUGCAUUGGCUCUUUCUUUGCUCCAUGCCUGAUUAUGGUGCUGGUCUACGUCCGCAUCUAUCGGGUGGCCAAGGAAAGGACUCGGACGCUCUCCGGAAAACGGCCUCCGCUAGAGGUUCCCUCCAACCAGGCAGAGAAUGGGUUGACUCAAACUAGCAGGGGCUUUACGCCCUUGAAGAUGCAGCCGAGGGAGUGUGGCCAGUUCUCGGGGCCCCACUGGUGGAAGACCUCCGAGUUGGAGGACGUGGAGCUGGAAGAGAGCAGCCCCUCGGAGAGCAGGCGCCGGCAAAGCGGAGACAAGCCGGGGGGCAAACCUCACAAGAGACAGUCCUCUGCCUCCUCCUUCUCCAGGUGCUCCAGCAACCGCCUCUCCUGCUCCAUUGAGGUUUUUUCUUCUCAUCGCCGAAAACACGGCAGCUUCUGCCAAAAGACCAUCAACCAAGCCCGGGAGAAGCGGUUCACCUUCGUCCUAGCUGUGGUCAUGGGAGUCUUUGUGGUCUGCUGGUUCCCUUUCUUCUUCAGCUACAGCUUGCAUGGCAUCUGCCGAGAAGCCUGCGAGAUCCCAGAGGCACUUUUCAAAUUCUUCUUCUGGAUUGGCUACUGUAAUAGUUCCCUCAACCCUGUCAUCUAUACCAUUUUCAACCAGGAUUUCCGCAGAUCUUUCAAGCACAUUAUUUUCGGGAGAAGGAGGAAGAAUAAAAGCGACAUUUUCUUCCUGCAUUGA